GACCCACUUCCGGCUCUGUCCGCUUGUGGUGUCCCCUCGUCUGCUCUCCGAUGUCGACACUCCGGUGUCUGCAAGUUCCGAGGCUGGACAGGAAGAACUGGGUUGAAGGCUCUUCAGAACUUAGAAGGCAUCAGAGCACCCCGCUCCUUCUGAGACCCUGGUUUCCUGCUGUGUGAAGAGGUGCUUUCACUGCCCUGAGGAUGCAUGGUCUCGUCCCAGUUCACCAGGCAUUUAAAAGUGAACAAGAAAUCUUUUUCCGAGAGGCUCAGCUUCUCAGGGGAGUUGAGGUCACUCUCCCUCAGGGAGAUGAGUCCACCAGCCAGCUCCUGGGUUCUGGUCCACAAAUUUCUAGCAGGUGCUUCCUCGCAGUGUGCUUCUAUGGGACAAAGGCAGAGCCACCAAGGCUGCCAUCAGACCAUUCUGCAGGGAGGAGAGUGUUUCCCAGCUGGCAGGGGCCCCAGGAGCAGUGGCCGUGGGAAGCAGACUGCUGCAGUCGUAAGCCAUGGCCUGGACUUCCGUCCUGCUCAUGCUGGUGGCCCACCUGACAGGUUGUGGCCCUCAACCCACGCUGUAUCAACCACCAUCUGCCUCUUCCUCGCUUGGAACCACCAUCCGCCUCUCCUGUGCCCUGAGCAGCAACCAUAACAUCAACAUUUACAACAUUUACUGGUACCAGCAGCAUCCAGGCCACCCUCGGUUCCUGCUGAGAUAUUUCUCACGCUCAGACAAGCACCAGGGUCCCAAGAUACCCCCUCGCUUCUCCGGAUCCAAAGAUGUGGCCAGGAACCUGGGGUAUCUGUGGAUCUCUGAUCUGCAGCCUGAGGACGAGGCUGUGUAUUACUGUGCCAUGGGGCUCCGGAGCCAGGAAAAGGAGAACCGGAUAGAGAGGGAGAGAGGAGGAGAAAAGUAGUUUACAGAUUCGGAAUCCCAGGCUCUGGAGGUGCCGUUUGCUUUGCUCAGUGAGGCUGGUAUAGGAAGGAGGGGUAGAGCAUUGGGGUUUCACAGAGCCAAGAAGAUGGAGCCAUUCAGCUUUUCCAUGUCUUGCAAUGUUGCUGUGAGCCCCACUGGAGGCUGGAUUAUAGAAUUAAAGCUCUUUUUCUGA